CAUAUUAAUCACAGGCCUACAGUCAUUAUCUUUCUCUUAUCAGAGACAAAAGCUCCUUUCUCUUCCUCUUGUUUGCGAAAGAAAAAUAGGCAUCCGCUUCUAGGGAGCUUUUACAACCAUUUUAACUUUUCAUAUCUGUUCAAGCACGGUGAGGAGAAUGUUGAGCUCUAUAUCUUCUGGUGGUUUGAAUGCAGAAGGGGCGGCUGAGGAAGCUACUAGCUUUCAGAAUGCUCUCCUGGAACUGAAAGGGUUGCGUUCCCAGCUUCAUCAAGCGGCAGACUACUGUGAAACAACGUUCCUGAAAACUAAAGAGAAGAAUGAAGUGCUGGAAAACACAAAAGAGUAUGUAUGCAGGGCCAUGGUAACUGUGGUUGAUCAUCUUGGAAAUGUCACUUCCAAUUUAGAGAGCUGCAUUUCUCAGACUAAUGCCUUCAACGAGGUUGAGCUUCGAUUAAACUGCUUAAACCAAAGGCUCCUCACCUGCAAACAAUAUUCUCAAAAGCUUGAACUAUGCCGACUACGUUGGAGCGAAAUCCUGCCUAGGUAUCAUCCCCGCUACGUCUCUCCUGUUAGCAAAAAUGCUGAGCAAUUAACUCGAAGUUCGAGUAUGAACCAGUGGAGAGACUCAAAAGACCUCCCGUUUGCGAAGACCAUUGAUAACUGCAAGCCGGACAUUUUUACAGAUAAGCCAAUGCCAGUUCUGUUGUACAAAUUCUACACGUAUAAUCUCUCCCUUUCCAAAAACUUAAGUCAUAGAUUCACUUCAAAGAAAGAUGACAAGGAGAAAACAAUAGGUAAACUUCAAAAAGCAAUAUUACCAGCUGGUGAUCAUGGGUUUUCAGUGCAACCAAAAGGUCCAAAUUCUACAUUUUAUUUUCAGGUUUCUAAUCAGAAGCGUGGACGCCAUAGAAAAUCAAAACUUGGGAGUGAUAUAUUUUCCCUCCUAAAGCGAACUAAACAAAUAGCUUAACAAAAGAUAAGCUUUGAGAAUGCAUUGUAAUAAUUCUUUGAGCAUCAAUGCAUUCUUUUUAAUAUUCUCUUAGCCCUUAUCUUUACUUGUUGACUAGAAUAUUAGCACGAGAUUGAAAAUAAAUUUUGAUAACUAUUUAGACCUCGUUUUUUAA